UUAUAAAGGGUACAAUUCUUAUUUGUGAAAUUCAAAGGAAUAUUUUGUAGUACAUAAAACUUGUGGGGUUAAAUUAUAAAGAAAGUAUUGUCUACUCUGCCUGAGAGGCGUUUGACUUUUAACCUAUCCUCCUCUUUUUAGCUCGGUGACGCAUAUCGUCGAGCAACCUCAUCUGCAAUUCCAUCCUCUAGCCAAUCUCUUCCCUUUCAGUUAACCCGAGUUUGAGUUUCUAUGUUAUAUCAUUCGACAAUGUCUCAAAGAUUCAUCAAACUCUCUCCUUGGAGCCAUGCCCUCGUAAAUCUUCUCUUCUUUUCUCACUGUAGUGCUGUUCUGCUUUUACUGGAUUUAAAGGUUGCAACCUUUCUCAAAUCGAAAAGACAUUCUCACAGAAGAUGUUUUUUCUUUGCAGAUACACAAGAAACGCUUUCGUUUGUUUUCAUCUUCUUUUACAACUCCAUAUUUGUUACUUGGCACUACGUUAAAGAAUGAUCUUCCGGACGGUAGUGACGUCAGAGACGUCCUCUUGUUUGAUCCGACCAAGGAAGAGAUGCUUACAGUUCCCAACAUAACAUUCCCCGAAGAGGUCGCUGGUUCGAGACAGAUAGGAAGUGCACGUGGAUGGGGAAUAUUCUCUAACGACCAUGACCGUUCGCUAUGUAUCAGCGACCUUUACAGUUCCUUGGGUCCCAAGUCAACACUCACAAUGAUUCCUAUGCCUUCGCUUGUUGCUGUAUACUCUAACCAAACAAACGCUGUCUGGAACGUGGCAAUGUCGUCUUCUCCUAGUGAUCAAGACUGUGUGGUUGCUAUAAAGCUGUUGGAUAGACAGCUUAGUCUAUGUAGACCACAUUCUAACAUGCGUUGGACUAAUGUCGGGGAGAUUUUGGCUGAGAAUAACUUGCAGAAGUUGGAGAACUCGACUCUUAUGUAUUCCAAGAGAGAGCGUAGAUUCUACUUGCCUGGUCCUGGAGGCAACUCCUUGUACUCAUGGGAUCUCCAUUUGAAGAAGAACAAGGUCCCUAGCUUCCAUGAGUUGAUGUUCCGCGACCUUCCUGAGUUGGAUGAUUCCGAGUGGAAGCUUUUGGGUUGGUGUUGCAGGACGGAACACCUGGUUGAGUUAGCCUCCAGUGGCGAACGUUUUCUUGUCAAAUGGUACGCACAACGCUUCUUCUCGUCGAGCCAUGAAGGAAGUAACUACACGACAAGGAGGUUCAUGGUGUUUAGAGAGAAGAAGAUGACGGAAGGAAGAUACAUGCAUUACACAGAGGAUAUUGGAGAUGUGUGCAUAUUUAUUUCAAUGAGCGAGGCUUUCUGCGUCGAGGCUAGUUCUUGUUCCGGUCUGAAGCCUAACUCCAUUUAUUUUAUAGGCCAUGGUUUUGGUAUUUACAAUGUAGCUGAUACAACAAUACAUCAUUUUCAAGCUCCUGAAGGUGCACCUACUUCUUUCAAAGACCCUUACUGGCUUCCUCCAUCUCGUAUAUAGUGAGGCCCUACCACCAUUGGUGUCCAAAUACCAGCCAGGGGUUAUAUCUAUGAAAUUCAAUAUUAAUCUAGUUACUUUUUAUAAAUGAAAAGGAGCUAAAAUAAUGUAUGAGUUGGGUGUGCAUAUUGUCUACUUUUGUUGUCGUCUCAACUAUUUUUUUUCGUAUUCGUGCAAUCAAAUACAUUUGUAAACAUUCUAUCAAGCUCAAAAAGAAGCUAAAAGAAGUUCACCAAACACUAAAAUGUGUAGGAAAAGGGAGAAAGAAAGUAGAAUGAGAAAGGAGGGGGUCCAUGACUCAAAUCACUUUCAAAAGGAAAGCAAACCCACAUGAUCUUGCUUCCGGAUAUAUAUUGAAAACCCACUUCUCUUCGUUAUCCUUUCGUUUUCUGUUUGUUAUUAAUCAUGUUACUUCAUUUUAUAGCGUAUGUCUUAUACUCUGAGUUAUUUUUUAAAAAAGUUUUGUGAAAUGAAUCCACAAUUAAUUAAGGUUUGUCGUUAUCUCAGUAAAAGAACCAGUUAAAACUUGACCUUCUUAGAGCAUACUCUAUAUAUUUAGUUGAACCAACAUUGGUAGUAUUAAUCUUGUUUUAAAAAGUUAUUUUAAGAUAUAUUUUCAAAAGACAACUAAUAAGAAGAAGAAAAAAAGAAUAAGGCAGUAGGAUCUGAAAUCCAACAGAAU